AUGUCUUGCUACGACCUGUGCCCACCGAAAACCAGCGUGGCCGUGCCCCAGCCCAUCGCCGAGAGCUGCAACGAGCUGUGCGCCCGACAUCUCUCCGCUUUUGGGGGCUCCCUGGGGCGGGGGGGCCUCUACGGCGCCGGGGCCACGCAGGGCUCAGGGGGCCUCUGCACCUUUGGCAGACCCUACACUUCUCCUGCCUGCAGCCCUUGCGCCUGGCCCCGCUACAGCAAGAAGCUCUGGGACAACUGUGGGCCCUGCUAG